UCAUUGAUCCGGACUACUACGAGUUCGAAGCGCAUCUUCUUCGAUGACGCCUUUGAGACCGACGAAACUGGCAAUGCGGUGAUUAACAAAUUCGUCAAGCAAAUCGUCGGUGUAGUCGAUCAAGCUGCAAGCGCUGUUCAUCAGACUCAAAUGAGACUGAAACCGCCCAAGAAGGUCACUACACCCUAUGGAGGCAGACUGCAGUACAUUCUUCCCGGCAAGAACAAGCUCACUGUUCAUCUCAAAGACAAAAAUAAGAUUCGACAUAGAAAGAGAUGGAGCCAGGUGAUGUACCUGUAUUACCUGCUUGGCUACAGACUCAUGACCAAGGUAGAUGAACAAGCCAGGAAGAAUACUUUCAUUCUAACGCUUGAUGGUGAUGUCGACUUUACUCCGCAUUGUGUGAAUCUGUUGGUGGACUUGAUGAAGAAGAACAAGAGGCUUGGUGCAGCGUGCGGUCGAAUUCACCCGAGAGGAUCAGGACUUCAUGUUGGGACUGUCUUUCAGGUAUGGUAUCAAAAAUUCGAGUAUGCUAUUGGUCAUUGGCUGCAGAAGGCCACAGAGCACAUGAUUGGAUGUGUGAUGUGCUCGCCGGGUUGCUUCUCCCUCUUCAGAAGUUACGCUCUGAUGGAUGAUAACGUAACGAGAAAAUACGCUUCUAAAUCAGAGGAACCGUUGGACUACAUACAGUACGAUCAAGGAGAAGACAGAUGGCUGUGCACCCUUCUGUUACAGCGAGGCUACAGGGUAGAGUACUGCGCGGCUUCCGAUGCGCUCACAUUUGCUCCGGAAGGAUUCAACGAAUUCUUCAAUCAGAGAAGGCGUUGGAUCCCGUCGACCAUUGCGAAUAUCAUCGACCUGCUGAAAGACUAUAAGAACGUCGUCCGGGUGAACGAGAGCAUUUCAAUAUGGUACAUCCUUUAUCAAAUGGUUAUGUUAGUGUCAUCGAUUCUUGGACCGGGUACGAUCUUCUUGAUGGUGGUUGGAGCGAUUUCGAUCUCGUUCAAUAUCGAUACC